GAUCCCGAGCCCCCGCAACCCCCGCAACCCCAAACCCUAGCCGCCGGGGAGCUCGUCUGGGCCAAGACCAAGGGCCGCCACCACUGGUGGCCAGCGCGCCUCCACGCCCCAUCCACCUCCACCCAACCACCCCUCGUCUCCUCCCUCGGCGCCGAGUACUCCGACGACCACCGCCCCGCCGUGGCCGUCAAGCCCUUCCUCGCCGCCCCCGACGCCGACGCCCUCGCGCGGGCCAACAAAGGCCUCGCCUUUGUCGCCGCCGUCGCCCACGCCAGGGCCACGGCCGUCGGCAUCCUCUGCGACGCCCUCACCUGCCCCUGCGCCCGCGGCCCCCAAGAAUCAUCCGAGGCCGACGACAACAACAACAAGGUCGUCAUCACCGCCGUCGCCAACCUCCUCGAGCCCCGGGAGUUCCUCGCCGCGCUCGGCAGCGCGGCCGUCGACGCCCCCGCCCUCGGCCUGCUGGACCACGCCCGCCUCAAGAGCUGGGUCCAGGCGCUCGCCCAGGGAUGGGGCUACCAGCGCCGCACCAAAGACGACCUCAUCGACAAGAUUGAUCUCGACAUGCUGGCCGCCUCUGAAGAGGAGGAGGAGGAGAAGAAGGCCGUGGUGGUGCCGCUGCACAAGACGCCCAAGCAGAGCAAGAGCCGCACCAAAGCCCCCACUCCCAAGGACAAGGAGGAGCAGGAGGAGGAGGACAAGGACAAAGCCGAGAUGGCACACAAGACCCCCAAGCAGAGAAGGAGAGCCUCGCUCAUGGACUCCGAGGAGGAGGAGGAGCAGAAACUCAGCAGCCAGAACAAGGAUGAGAGUGGCACUGCCCUCUCCGGGAGGCGCGAGCGCAAGAAGAGCAAGUAUCUCUCGCCGCCCUACACCAACAUCGGCGUCUUUGCUCUUGAGGACAGGUCAGAUGAUUCGCCAAAGAAAUCACCGCCCACCAGCGCUGCUAACAAGGAUGAGAGCAAGUAUAACAAGGGGUCACCAGAUGAGAAGCAGCUGAAGAAGAAGAGCAAGGUGGUGCCGCCGCCGCUUCCGCUGGACAAUGUUGCUGCUCAGGAGGUCCUGCUGCUGCUGCGCUGCUUCGGGGAGGACGUCUCUCACAAGAGGCACUUCCCCAAGGCCGCGGAGGACUUCCUUGGCCUGCUCAGGAGCUCCGUGUUUGCCGAGGGUGCUCACCAUGACUCCUACAAGGACCAUGAAUGCCCGGUGCCCAAGAAUGCUGCUGCAGACGGCCCUGUUGCUGCUGGCCUGGUUUCAGAUUCAGCUGCUACUCCGAAACAAGGCAAGGGUAAGCGUGGUAGAAAGAAGAAGGAUCAGGAUGGCAGUGCCUAUUCUUCUUCUAUCAACAACAACAACAACAAGAAGAAGAAGACGGGCGCUCUUGACUGUGCAGCGGAGGAUGCUUCUGAGGAGAAUAAGAAAGAGGAGAAUGUUUCUGACAAGAAGAAGAGGGGCAGAAAGAAGAAGGAGCAGGAUGGAACCUCCCCAAAAGGCUCUGUUAUCAACAAGAGGAAGAAGAUGGACAAAACCUCCCCAAAAGCAACUCUUGGGCCUGCCUCUGGCUCUGGCUCUGGCUCUGGCUUGGUUAUCACACCCGCUAUUCCUAUCAGGCAGGUGAGUGCUCAAGAUAUCAUGAGCCAAGUCAAACCAGGCAUGGGAGCUGGGGUUCCUGAUCCCAAGAUGAAGAACAGCUUGUUGGUGUCCAAGAGCCCUAUUUCAGCUACAAUGUCUGGAGGAGUAAAAUCAGGAGAGGAGCAGGAGCAAGGGGACGGUGGAUCCGUUGUGAAUGCUUCAUCUGACCAAUCUGCCAAAAAGAAUGAGGAGGAAGCAACAAAGCCAGCAACUGAUAUGAUGAAUGUGGACGGAGAUGUGCCCCAGAUUCAAGUUACAGUGCCUAUGAAUGUGGAUAUGAAUGUGGAUACUACUCUUAGCCAAGAUGUUGCUGCCAAACAUCAGGCUGACGUUAAAAUGCCUGAAGCUGCUGGUAUGAAUGCGGAUAUUCUUAACGCAGAUGUUCCUGCCGCAAGUGCCCACGCACAAGUGAUGACUGUGCCUGAAACUGGUGGUAUUCAGUUAUUAGAUAUGAAUGUGGAAAGUGUUGUAGAUGUGCCUGUCGUCACAAGUGUCGAGAUGGAAGCCAUGGAGCUGGAAGCUAGUAUUCCUGUACUAGAUAUAAAUGAACAAGUUGCUGCUGUUGAAGAUGUGCCUGCUACAAGUGGCUCGCUUCCACCUAUCCAUGGAGAUAUCAUAUCCCAGCCCGCCGAUGAAAAUAAAGACAAGGCAAGUGUGCAAGUUCGUGCAGUUCAAGAGUCAUACACAUCUCUGAUUCAGGCGAUGCUGCCGGAAACGUACAAGAAAGUGGAGGAGGUCGCUGCUGGAGAUGAUGAGACUAAAAAGGUUGAACAGACUAGCCAGAACAAGGCAGUUGCUGAUGGAGCUAGCCAUUCUUCUCCUGCAAAAGGUACUAGUGGUGGUACCAAUGGGAGCCCCUGCCCUGAUGCACCCAACUCUGCCCAGAAGAGGAGAAACAAGAAGCCCGCAGCAGCAUACUUUGCCAACCCAGCAGAGAUCCGGGUGAAAUUCUUGGACGGCACCAUGGUCCCCACCAAGGAGGAGCUGCUCUCAGAGUUCCGCAGGUUUGGCGUCCUGGUGGAGUCGGAGUGCGACAUAUCAGAAGAGCGCCGCGACGCGCGCGUGGUGUUUGGGAAGAGCACCGAGGCGGAGGCGGCCUACACCAAGGCGGAGAUCCCAGGCAUCUUCGGGCAGUUCGGGCCCCCCUGGGCCACCCUGGGGCUCAACUACCUGGAGGCGAUCACGCUUGCACCUGCCCGUCCUGCCAAGCCCCCGCUGGCUCGUGCCGACAUGAGGAAGAACGUGGAGAACAUGAUCUCGUCCCUGAAGAACGGUCGGUCUUUGCCGGCUCCCGCUCCCGCUGGAGGAGCCGGAGCGGCGCCCGUGUCGGCGAGCCUCCUUGCUGAGAUGCAGCGGCUCCUGUCCAAGCUCGACAAGACGCAGCCGCCCCCUGGGCCUUCGGGCUCGGCUCCUCCGUCGUCGUAGGCCUUCCCUGCCGUACUGAUGGAUGGAUGGAUGGGGCUUGUGUUGCUCCUCCCUAGCUUAGCUAGCUAGUUAGUGAACUACGUCUUAAUAUUUUCGGUCUAGGCAUGAACGCACGCACUCGCAUAUGCUGGCUGUCUUUUGUUGAUUAUUACAUUAGAGAUGCUGCCGCUGUUGCUUUUAUUAUUUCCAGUCGAGUUGAUGAUGAUGAACUAGAUGUACUAGUAGUAGCCAGUGACUUCUGUGUGGAUGGAUGGAUGGAUGGAUGGCAGACGUUAUUUUGUCAUCAUCAAAUCA